GUUUAGAAAAGUGUUGAGUAUGUAUACCUGGGAUGAAACUGUAGAAGCAGCAAAGAGAAUACCAGAAACCUUGGCUAACAAUUUCACUCUGUCAUGAUGGAAAGAUUCACAGCAGUGAUAUUUGUCCUUCUGGUUUCAUGUAUCUGCAGGACAUUAGGACAGACAUGUGAAGGAAACUGUGGGGGAAAAUUAGACUCAUGCUCAUGCCACUCAACAUGCACGUCUCUGAAGAACUGCUGUACAGACUAUAAAGAGUACUGUGUGGAAAUCUUUCCAUAUUCCGGGUCCAUUUUGGGUGGGACAGAUUUUAUUGUUCUCGAUGCAAGUUUCAAUAAGAGUUCCAAGAUUGUAUGCAGGUUCAACAAUAAUACCAACACUGUGGGGUAUGUGGAUGAAAACAGUAGAGGCCAUUGUAUCUCGCCACUAUUGUAUGAAACAGGAUGGAUUCCUGUGCACAUCUCCUCAGAUAACGGCACCACAUUCAGCAGAGUUGGAGCCUGGCUCUCAGUACAUACUGGCAAGUUAGAUUCUCAGUUUAAGGCGAUUUUGGUCAACGCAACAAAAUGGCAGUACUAUGGCACACCUAAUGUUGGAGGCAAUCUUGAGAUGACAUGGAAUACCUCUUUGGUCAGAGCGGAUAGGGUCAACAUAGAGCUCUGGGGAUACAGGGAGACCGGAGAAACCUAUACAGACAACUGGCAGGGUGAGUGGGAGUAUCUGUACGCACUUGCAAAGGAUCAGCCCAACAGUGGUUCCUUUAGCUUUUUGCCCAAACCAGCAGAGAACGGCUUCUCAAGUUGGGAGCUUGGCUCUGUACGUGUCAGCCCCAACACCUAUCUUGAUGGCAUGUGGAAUGUACAAGCCGCAUGGACGGAGGAUCACGCCCUGGCCUGGCAUCUGGAGGAGAAGUUCAGGCAGAACUCAACAGUUUGGGCCCUAGACAAAUGUUUAGCAUGGGACCAGCUGGAAAAUCAGCUGCCCAACUUCCUCAGUGAGAUCAUAGACUGCCCCUGCACUCUGGCUCAAGCGAGAGCAGACACAGGGAGGUUUCAUACUGACUAUGGCUGUGAUAUAGAGAAAGGGAGUGUGUGCACCUACCACCCUGGGAGUGUUCACUGUGUGAGGGCGAUACAAGCCAGUCCUAAGUAUGCAGCAGGACAACAGUGUUGCUAUGACAGCACCGGCGCUCAGGUCCUGACAGCAGACUCGAUUGGAGGUAGUACUCCAGACCGCGCACACGACUGGGGCUCACCUCCAUUCAAGAAACCACCUCGAAUUCCUGGACAGUCCCACUGGGUCUAUGAUGUCCUGAGCUUCUACUACUGCUGCCUGUGGUCUGACAACUGCCACUACUAUUUCAAACACCGGCCCUCCAGUGACUGCAGGCGUUACCAGUCACCCAGCUCAGCUGUGGUGUUUGGAGAUCCCCACUUCAUCACAUUUGACGGUGUCAGCUACUCCUUCAAUGGCAAAGGGGAAUACACUUUGGUGACCUCAGCAAAAAAAAGGCUGACAAUCCAAGGCAGAACAGAGCCGGUGAAUGGUGAGCUACUGAAGGCUUUUAAAGGAACCACGAUAAAAGCAACAAAGUUGUCGGCUGUAGCCAUGAAAGAAGCAUCCUCUGAUGUUAUUGAGGUGCGGCUGGUCAGCGGUCACAACAGCCUUGAAGUGCUCCAGAAUCAAAAAACCCUCUACUUUACUGAGCAGAGCUGGAUGGACCUGCGUGGUGUGUUUGUGUUUUCUCCUACCUCUACAAAUGUGACCGUGAUGUUCCCCACUGGAGCCGGGGUGGAAGUGCGACUGAGAGAGGGAACUAUGACAACCACUGUGCUCCUGCCAGAGGAGUUCAGAGACUCCACCCUCGGACUGCUGGGAAAGAUGAACGGUGAUGCCAAAGACGACCUCGUUCUUAGUAACGGUCAACUUGUGCAAAACCACAACAAUCCAGAGGAGCUGUUCAGUUUUGGGGCAAGCUGGGCUGUCUACAACAAGUCUGCCUUGUUCACAUAUGAUUCAGAAUAUCUUUUGGACACAUAUUACUAUGGUCCCCGACAUGACCUUAGUUUUGUUCCAGUGUUUUCUGUCCCUGAGAGUCCAGAUGAUCCAUUAGCCAAUCAGGCAUCUGAGAUAUGCACUGGAGAGGGCUCUCAGUUCUGUAGGUAUGAUGUCCUGGUAGGUCGUAGUCCAAAAAUGGGAAAUGCUACCAGAGUGUCUUUCCAGAAUCACAAUUCUCUUGUGCAGGAUCUAAAGCCAGUGAUCUCCUGUGGAUGGCUUUCACCACCAAAUAAUGGGAAGAAAGAGGGGACCACAUAUUUGCAAGGAGCUAAGGUGCAGCUUUCCUGCGAUGAAGGCUACACUCUCAAAGGAUCAGCAGAGCGCAUUUGCCAGCAGAAUGGCCAGUGGUCUGGACAGGACACAAACUGCGUGGUUCCCAAUAAUCUCGCAGGAAUUGUGGCCGGUUCAGUCAUCGGAGCUGUCGCACUGAUUGUAAUCAUAACAACAAUCAUACUCCACUCCAGAAAACAGCAAAGAAAAGGAGCUGCGACAACUGAUGGCUUCUAACCACAAGUCUUGCUUUGCUAUCAUAUUGAACAUCUUCGUGUCUUCAUCUCCUGGAAAAUGAAAAACUUAAACUAAAAUGAAUACAUGCAUAAAUACUUAGAUAACAGAAAACACAGAAUAAUACAAAAGAGAUAUCUUAUUUUGGUUGUAAACUUUGUAAACCACAGUCGUGAUCCAGACUUAAAUAUUCUAAGGUUGAGCCAAGGUCCCUGCACAGUUAAAGAGUACACGCUAGAUCUUCCAUGGCAGACAAUUAUUGUUGCACUGACUUCUACAAGGUGACAUUUUAACCUGUGUUGCACUUUUGACCACACCACAUCACUGCACAGUAUUCUGGGCUACAAACUACAGCUUUAGGUUCAUUGUAAAGUGAAAACACUUUGUUAAUGAAGGUUCUGUGGGUUUGUUUGUAGGCCUAAAUCAAUAACUUACUGUAAGUCUGUUAAAUAAGCUAACAAUAAUUAAUCAAACUCUCGUCACAGGUGAAACAUUAACAAUGCAACCUGCUUCUGUUUAAAAACACACCAUUAUUGUUAAUGUCAUAUGCUUGCGAAGAAAUAUGGCGAAGAAAAAGAAAAUCUUCUUUUUAGCUUCUUCAGCUCUUCAGAUAACCUGCAUAUUUACAGAAACAGGAAAAACUAUAGGAUUAAAUGCAUUGUGUAUGUAUUGUUUGUGUAUUGUCAUCAAAUGCUGAUGAAUAUUAUUUACAGUUUAAAAGUUUUUCAAAUACAGUAUAUUCUGUAGCUUAAUUUCAGGGUGAAUCUCCUGUAUAACACCCAUGAGCUUUGUUAUGUAGCACACUUAAGACUCAAGACUUUUUUUCUUUUACUGUAUAUUCUGCAAAACUACACAAACAUAAAUUACAGUAAUGUUAACAGCACAUUUCAUUUCUGGCCAGCCUUUCGUCUCAGUACUGCAUGUGUGUGUAAAUGUUUAUAGUUAUCUUUUCACAAAACAAAAUAAAAUGCUGCUGUUA